GUCAUCCGAGCGUACGGACCACUAGAAAACAACUAACCACGAAAUACUUCUGGCCCAACAUGAAUAAAGACGUCGGAAUAUGGACUAAAGCAUGCAUUAAUUGUCAACGAGCAAAAAUACAUCGACACGUCGUAACACCCUUAGGCCAAUUUCCACCGUCGCAGCGCUUCGAACAUGUACACAUCGAUAUAAUCGGACCGCUACCACCGUCAAACGACUAUCGAUACUGCGUCACGGUGAUAGAUCGCUGUACGAAGUGGCCCGAAGCAGUGCCGGUGCAAGAAAUUACCGCCGAGAAUGUAGCUAAAGUUUUUUAUGAAAACUGGAUCGCACGAUUCGGUUGCCCGCUACGCAUAUCUACGGACCAAGGCCGCCAGUUCGAAUCCGAGCUAUUUAAAUCCUUAAUGAAAAAAUUCGGAAUAACAAGAAUUCGAACCACUGCAUAUCAUCCACAAUCUAAUGGCCAAGUCGAACGAUGGCAUCGAACAUUAAAAGCGGCACUGAUAGCACGAGAAGCCAUAAUACAAUGGACGGAUAAAUUACCCACCGUGCUAUUGGGCUUACGCACGGCGUUAAGAAAAGAUAAUUUUAGUCCUGCAAUAAUGACUUACGGAACAACAUUACGAAUACCUGCCGAUUUCUUCGUGCCUACACAAUCAAAUAUAAAUGACACAGAGUACGUACGCCGCCUAACGGAAACCAUGGCAACGCUACAACCAGCGCCACGCAAACACACUUCUCAACAUAAACCAUUCGUGUACAAAGACCUAACAACGUGUACGCAUGUGUUUGUGCGCAAUGAUAUGGUUCGAGCUCCGCUUACGCCGCCGUACGAUGGUCCUUAUAAAGUUUUAAAACGCUACGAUAAAUUUUACAAAAUUCAAUUGCCCUUACGUACAUCAGUCGUUAGUUUAGAUAGACUCAAACCAGCCUACUACAAUACGAAUUCAUCACCAGAAGAACUACCUCGUCAACCCAAUACGACAUCUGAAUAUACAACAAGAUCUGGAAGAAAAAUCAAACCUAAGGUACGAUUUUCUUGAAGGGGAGUGAUGUAGGAAUUGCAUUCUACAUUAUUGUUCAUACAUGCGUCGACGUCCAGAGACGCGCUCCGACUAAAUUAAAAACCAAAUUCGGGAGCUAUUUAUACUACGCGAAAAUCGGCAAGCGCAUACGGCGCUUACCCAGCGCGCUCUAUCGGAUUUUCGUGUCAACACACGAAAUGAACAUACGAAAUUGCGGCGUCGUCAUUGGUCGAAAAAUCGAACAUUUAAUUCGUAGUUUAAUUUCCAAAAUAUUUUCAAUUGUAAUGUAUAACUUUUAAUUGGCUGAAUCAUAAUUUUUAUCAUUGUAAAUUGUGUAACUUUCUAUUGGUAGAAAAGUAAGCGUUUUCUUUGGACGAAAGAAUUUGUAAAUAUGCACUGUAAUUAUUUCAUUGGAUAAUAUUAUUCCUAGUUUUUGUAUAUAUAUCGACACAUUUUUAAAAUAAAAUCAUUCCGAUCCGACCAGCAAGAAAGUGUUCUUUUACUC